GUGAAGCCCCGCUGCUCGCGCCAGCGAACUUAUCCACGCGACGAACGCACGAGCGAGCGCGAGUUUCCCCGCGUGCGACCGGGUGUAACAUGCGUUAGGGUGUCGGUGUGAUUUGGAGGAGUCGUUAUUGUUCGUUGAGAGUUUUGUUCCGGUGUGUAGAGUGAAGUUUUGCACUAGAAGCUCGAACCUGCAGCACUGAACCGCGCACCAACCUGCGGCACUGACAGCGCGCGCUCAGCCUCCUGCCGUUUCUCUGCACUGCUGCGCGAAUGUUUUUGGAUGAGCAUGUGAACGGAACACCGUGAACACAGACGCAAAUUGUUUGGACAAUUUUGGAGACCUCUGGCAACACAACUCCACAGAGUAGCUGGAUAAAAGCUGAGAAAGGUGGAAGUGCUCAACUGAUGGAGAACACACAGGAACUAAACGAACAGGCGGUGAAGAAAUCUCUCUCUGAUCCCUCCACUCAAAACCCUUCUGACAACAGAUCACUGAAGAUGCAGGAAUUAAUCAACACUCAGCACACAGUUCCCAGCACCAAUGACGGCAGCUCUAAACUGGAUAAGAGUCUUCUUACUAACAGCAUCUCAACCAAUGGAACAGGAGGCGAGAACAUGACCGUUCUAAACACAGCUGAUUGGCUGCUGGGCUGUAGCUCUCCGCCCACUGCCCCAAGUAUGAAGGACUACGUAAAGACAGAACCUCUGAACAGCAGUGAAGCAGUCAACACGGCAGCGGAUUCAGGACUUGAUUCUUACACGGGGUCAGUUAUAACCAGCAGCGGCUUCAGUCCUCGACCGGCUCACCAGUACUCGCCUCCUCUCUAUCCAUCAAAGCCUUACCCUCACAUCCUGUCCACUCCCGUGGCGCCGCCCAUGUCUCCGUACACCGGCCAGUCCCAGUUCAGCAGCAUGCAGCAGUCCACAGUGUACACACCCUACUCUCAAACCACGCAACCCUACGGCCUCUCCACCUACGCAGAUCUGGGUGUAAUGUUACCAGGAAUAAAGACAGAAGGGGGCCUAGCCCAAACUCAGUCCACCCUCCAAUCAGGCCUGAGCUACAGCCCGGGGUUCACCACCCCCCAGCCCGGACAGACGGCCUACUCGCCCUAUCAGAUGCCAGCGUCCGGGUUCACGACCUCCCCUGGUCUGUACACCACCAACAACUCUGUUUCCAACCCCGCCAACUUCAACGCACAACAGGAUUAUUCCUCGUAUACAGCAUUCGGGCAGAACCAGUAUGCACAAUAUUACUCUGCCUCCUCAUACGGCUCCUAUAUGACAACCAACAGCACGCUGGACAGCACUGGUUCCACCUCCAGUUACCAGUUACAGGAUCCUACACCCAUCAUAACAGGACAGGCUCCCGACAUGCACCCAGGAGAGUUUGAGGCGGGGCAGAGUCCUUCCACACCCAUUAAGGAACUGGACGACCGGACAUGUCGCGGGGGCGGGUCUAAAGCCAGGGGGCGCGGCAGGAAGAACAACCCCUCCCCACCUCCUGACAGCGAUCUAGAGAGGGUCUUCGUUUGGGAUCUGGAUGAAACCAUCAUUGUGUUCCAUUCACUUCUCACCGGAUCCUACGCACAGAAAUAUGGAAAGGACGCUCCUAUGGCGGUGACACUUGGUUUGAGAAUGGAGGAGAUGAUCUUCAACCUUGCAGACACGCAUCUCUUCUUCAACGACUUAGAGGAAUGUGAUCAGGUGCACAUUGAUGAUGUAUCGUCAGACGAUAAUGGACAGGACCUUAGUACUUACAGUUUUGCCACCGAUGGCUUCCAUGCAGCUGCGACCAGUGCCAGUCUCUGCUUAGCCACAGGCGUGAGGGGUGGAGUGGACUGGAUGAGGAAGCUCGCCUUCCGCUACCGACGGGUCAAAGAGUUGUACUGCACCUAUAAAAACAACGUGGGCGGGCUUUUGGGGCCGGCGAAGAGAGACGCGUGGCUUCAGCUCAGGGCCGAGGUGGAGGCUCUCACAGACUCCUGGCUCACCACUGCACUCAAGUCUCUGUCGAUUAUCAGCUCCAGGAGUAACUGUGUUAACGUGUUGGUGACCACAACACAGUUAAUACCAGCGCUUGCUAAAGUGUUGCUGUACAGCCUGGGUUCUGCUUUUCCUAUCGAGAACAUCUACAGCGCUACCAAAAUAGGUAAAGAGAGCUGUUUUGAGCGCAUAGUGUCCAGGUUUGGCACUAACAUUACAUAUGUAGUGAUUGGCGAUGGGCGUGAUGAGGAGCACGCGGCCAGCCAGCACAACAUGCCGUUCUGGCGGAUAUCUAGCCACUCGGACCUGCUCGCCCUUCACCAAGCACUGGAAUUCGAGUACCUGUAACACUCGCCCGCUGUAUCAUAGGCCUCUUUUUGUACAACUAUUUAAGAAAAGUACACUGCAGUCUCGUGUCCGUCAGGUUGUGUAUCGUUGUCUUUUUAAUGAUUUCUCUGGCUUCUGAGAACUCUGCACUGUCUUAAAGACUUCUAAAGUCUGUCCGGGGCUCAUCAAGCGCUCACAAUAACAUGUCUUACAUAAUCAGCACACUACGUUUCAUUCUCUGUAAAUCUGCUUUCACUUCAUGUUCCACGUAAUUCUGAGGACGUUCGUCUUCAUGCUGUAGCGUCCUGAGAAGCUUUUCCCCACUUAUAAACCCACAUAGCUGUACAAUCUAUCAUAGAUUACUGAAUAACCCGUGUACAUUGUUUUACAGUAACGUUUAACAUGGAAGACACUACGUGUUCACAAGUGGGUUUUUUUCCAUUUUGUUUUUUGUAAGUUUUUGGCAAAGAAAUAUGUGUAUAAUGAUUUGUUGUGCCUUAUAAACUGUGCUGUGUGUUUUCUGUU